AUGAAAGCCGAUUUGCAUCUCAGUGAUUACAAGAACAUCAAUAACAAUACAAUGGCUAUUCAAAGACGUCAACUUGCUCUUCGUCCCGUUGAGAUUACAAACGAACAAUUGAUGGAAAUUCUUUCUACUUUGAAAACUAAUAUGACAGCCAUGGGAACCAACAUGGCAGCUGACAUGUCGAUUCAGAAUUGGUGCAGCAGCACUGAGACAAUCACUGCUAUUGACAGUUUAAGCAGGGCCCCCCUCGUUUCCCCUACCAAUACAAUGGCUAAUGUUUCUCAGCCUGCCUUCAACGCCCCGUCUGAGUUUAGCAAGAAGGCCUCUAAUGAUGUUUAUGCCCAUAUUCGUAAUCUCAUGUGGGAUCCCAAGCUGAAAACAAGAAAUCAAGCUGAUAUCCUGGCAAAUGAGAGUAAGCCCAGAUGGAAUACAAAUGUUUUCUUUUACAAGUCGCCAAACAAGGAGUUGGUGGUGCGACUUCUUGAAAACUUGAAGCGCAAGUUUACCCAUGAGGGAUUUAGAGAGGCAGACUUGAGAGCAAGACUGCACAAAAACUUCACUAGCCGGGUUUCAAAAGCAAGAAAAACCGAAGAGGAAAUAAAAGCAACAAACACUCGUUUGAGAAGGGCAGGACGUGCCAGAGAUAAUCAUACUCGCCGUUUACUUGCAUACACAGACAACAAAGAAGCAAUUGAUCUACAAAUGAAGAGAGAUUGUGACUUCACGAUGCAAAUGGCAGCAAUGUCCGAUGGAGAAUCUGCAGAUGAAGACUUCGAGAAUCGCAUGAAGAGCAUCAUCAAGAUUGUUCGGCCAGGAUGGAGAAGUGACGAGUUCAAUACUCUCAUUAAACUCGUUGAUGAGUAUGUUAUUGAAGCAAUGGGGUCAAGUGCUUCUCAAAUGAAGGAGAGGGUUUUCACCAGUGUGUCCAAUACAGCAGUCCCAGAUGACAUAACCCCAAAAUUUCCUCAGUGGGCCCUUAGAGACGGGUAUUAA